AUGGGGUUUAGUGUUCGAAAAGAAGAUGUUCGCCGCGAGAAGGCCGAUAACUCAGAGUGGCAAAGAAAAUGGGUUUGCUCAAAACAGGGCUUCAGAAAAGAGAAGUGGAAAAACCUAACUAACCGAAAGAAAACACCCAGAGCCAUUACCAGGACAGCUGCAAAGACAGAGCUACAUUUCCUGCGAUCCAACCGAGCUAUACCAGAAUGUAUAGGUGCACAGGUCAUGUCAAUGAGACGAUCGGGCAUACGCACUUGCCAUAUAUUAAAUCAUCUAGCACGAGAAAGGGGAGGACGUGAGUAUCUUCCAUUCAUGAAAAAGGAUCUUUAUAAUUGGAUUGGUCGCCAAAGACGACAGGAAGCAGAAGAAGGGGAAACAGACGCUGAAGGUGCUCUCGGUUACCAAGAAUGUCUCGGUUUGCGUGACCCUCAUUUCUAUGAAACACACACAAUUGACAAGGACUUCAGAUUGGCAGACCUGUUCUGGGCCGAUGGAAAUUGUCGUAGAGAUUACAAUUUGUUCGGCGAAAUCAUGGCUUUUGACACGACAUAUAGGAAAAAUGCAUACAACAAACCAUUACUAAUCUUCGUCGGGGUGAACCAUCAUUUCAGAACAAUUGUUUUUGUGGUUGCAUUGUUAUACGAUGAGAUGGAGGAGACAUACAUAUGGGUUUUACAAGAAUUCUUAGAGUGCAUGAAAAACAAGGCACCGCGUGUUAUUGUCACCGACGGAGACCACGCUAUGGCAAACGCAAUAAAGGUAGUCAUGCCGCAGGAUCUUGUCGGCCAAGUUGAUGCAGCCAUACAGAACAUUCGCCACACCGAAAGGGAGGAUGACUUCAUCAGUAACCACACUUCGCCCAAUAUACCAACAAACGUCCUCCACCAGUACUACCAACAAGUUGCCUCCAUUCUUACCAGGACCAUGUACGAAAAGGUGGCAGAGCAAAUCAGUAGUGCUCUUUCAUACUCAGUUGUCUCUGCAGAUGUAACAGUUAACAGUCGGUCGUACUACUUGACACGUUUCCCAAAAGGACUAGUACGGAGUCAAGUGAACUACGACACUGACCAUGGACACAUCAAUUGUACAUGUAUGCUAUUCGAGUCCGAUGGAAUUCCAUGUCAUCAUAUAUUCGCUGUUAUGAAGCACUUGAACAUACCUUGCAUUCCAGACUUUCUGUUUAAGGCUAGAUGGAGGAAGGAUGCUAAGAGCUCGGUUGAAUUGAAUGGUUUCCCCCAUUCUAGGGUGCCCGCUGAUGUGUUGGUAUGUACAAGAUGGGGAUCAUUAACAUCACGGUUCAAUGCAAUGGGAUACUUUGCGACCAAGCAAAGCGACACUUACGAAGAGGCCAUGAAUGAGAUGUCUCGGUUGGAGGAGAAAUUUAAGUCAAUGUGCUUCCAAUUUUGUAAUCAAUCCGGUGAUGCAAACAUUGAGCAAAAUGAGAACCACUCCCACCCAUCUAACAGAGUGAUCCGAGAUCCAGCUUUAAUUCGGACUAAGGGGAGGGAACCUAAUAAAAAGUCAAAAGGAAAGGAGAAGGAGCAUGAUAACAAGGUGGCUAACAAGAGAAGAUGCAGAAACUGCAACGAGUUAGGGCACAACAGGGCAACUUGCAAAGUUCAACCUCAAAUUCAAAUGACUCAACAAUUUCAACCAUUUUCUAAGUUUCCAUCCACAGAAGCAAGUGUAUGUUGUGGCUUCAUCCAGCCUGGAGAAAGCAAUGACGAUGGCAAUAAUGACACAUCUACACCAUGGUAA